AUGUCCCAAGCUAUAGGAUACUCCACCACCCCUCCAGCAGGAUCAUCCCGAUUUUCCUCCACUUCCUUAUACUCUACCAGCCAGAACCCCUCGAGUAGCACGAUCAACAAUAAUCCUAAUCCCAAUAGGAGAGAAUCAGCUCGUUCGAGCAUAGUACCCAUCCAACAGCAGCUAUUCGGAGGCUCGACCACCCAGCAGCAGGGUAAUGUAAAUAUACUAGAUAGGUCAAUCAACAAGACGAAAAAUGCGGAAAUUGCCUUAUCGACUUGGGCAUUUCUGUUCGCAGAGGUUAUUUCGUAUAGUCAGAGUAGGAGUGAUAGUAUUGCUGAUCUAGAGAAGAGAUUGUCGACAUUGGGAUAUGAUGUAGGACAAAGAAUAUUAUCGUUGGUCUUACUUCGUAGUACCCAGACAUCGAAUUUGAAAGAUCCAAAGAGGGAACAUCGAUUGAUACCAAUCUUACAAUUCGUACAUACUCAGAUAUACAAGUACGUAUUUGGUAAACCUGCAGAUGGCCUGGAAAGGAGUUCAGAAGCUGAGGAUGAGUUUAUGUUGAUAUUGAACGAAUCGCCUCUGAGUCAAUUCAUAUCAGUGCCAAAGGACAUGUCGGACCUAUCUUGUGAAUCGUUCACUGCGGGUCUGGUGGAAGGCGUGUUGGAUGGAUUGGAAGUGCCUGCUAGAGUUACAGCUCAUUGGGUAGGGGAUCAAUACCCCGAUCAUCCUCAACGUACAGUCAUUUUGAUCAAGCUAGAUCAGAAAGUGAUGGAUAGAGAGGAAUCAUUGGGUACAUGA